AUGUUUAUAUUAUCUAAGCUAUCAGACUUGGUUCGUAUACCACCUCAUACAUUUAACAUCCCAAUUCAAGAAUCCAUAACAAAUGAAUUAAACAAAAAAUUUGCAAACAAAGUCAUAAGUAAUCUUGGUCUCGUCAUAUCACUUUGGGAUUUAAUAGAUAUAAAGGAUGGAUUGUUAAAACCAGGUGAUGGUGCAUCAUUCGUAGAAGUUACAUUUAGAUGUGUUGUAUGGAAGCCAUUCAUUGGUGAAGUUUUAACUGGUUGGGUUAGUGAAUGUUCUGCAGAAGGUAUCAAAGUUAAAUUAGAAUUUUUCGAUGAAAUUUUCAUCCCUAAGAAUUAUUUCUUCGAAAACUGUUUCUUUAAACCAGUCGAAAAGGCGUGGGUUUGGAAACCGGAUGAUGACACUGAAUUGUAUAUUGAUAUUAAUGAAAAAAUUAGAUUCAGAAUCGAAGAGGAAAUAUUUGUUAAUAUCAAACCCAAAUCAAGUAGCGAGGCCUUUGGCCUAGAAGAACCUACAAACAAGGCUCCUCCAUAUGCAUUAUUGGCGUCUUGUCAAAGUGAUGGUAUGGGUUGCGUUUCAUGGUGGGAUUAG